AUGUAUCCACGACUAGAGACAUACUCUGGUUUUAAACUGCUCAUUCGUGACAAAGUUUUCCUUCCUGGUGACUCAAAAUCCUUUAGCAUUAUGGAAGGUUUACAAGAAAGCUGUAAAGCUGUGUGUGUCGUUUCCAAGCGGUAUCUGUCCUCCAAGUGGCGGGAUUAUGAACUCAACAUGGCAAAAGUUGAAGGCAUUAAGGACAGAGGAAAUAUUCGAUUUAUUAUUCUCAUUUUAAUGCCCGAUGUCUAUAAUGGAACUUACCCAAACAAAGUGGCCGAUUUACUUAAACAGGAUUGCUACCUGGAAUACCCAGAAAAUGAACGGGAUUAUGAAGAAUUCUGGGAAAAGUUAAUACAAAAAAUAUCUCAAGAUAUCACAGAUAUAUAA